UGGGCUUUGCCCCGACGAAAGCUGAACUCGUUUAUAAUUAACUACCUUAAAAAAAAAAUCAAAACUCAGUAGCGCAGAAAACCACUCGUACACUCAGGAAACCACAUCAGCAUGGCUACGGCAUUCAUUUCAUCUCUGUGUCGCCCAUCCAUACGGCCUGAGUUCUGCAACUUAACGCCUCAAAAGAGUUUCGAGCACCAAACCCAGAGCCUGAUUUCUCUCUUUUUGUUUGCGAUGAUUUGUACUGGAAUUGAACUAACUGGGUUCAGUUUCUUACAGGUCUAAUUGUCACCAACUGCAGGAGGCAAAUUGUUCUAUGCUCUAAGAAAACUGACGGAGAUGAAAAUCUACUGUAACUUUGUACCGUUUCAGCAUCGAAGAGCAAUCGAGGACGGGGAAUAAAAGGAGGGAGGCAAUAUUUCAGUUCAUGAUUGGGGCACUUUCUUUUCCAUCUCUUGUCGCUGCUGCUUCUGCUGCAGAGAAUGAUGUACAGGGGGACUUCCGCAUUUAUUCGGAUGAUGUGAAUAAGUUCAACAUAUUGAUUCCCAAAGAUUGGCAAGUUGGUGCAGGAGAAGAUAAUGGGUUCAGAUCUGUGACCGCAUUUUAUCCAGAAGAAGUUUAUAGUUCCAAUGUUAGUGUUGUAAUCACGGGGCUUGGUGCGGAUUUUACCAGAUUAGAAUCUUUUGGAACUGUUGAUGCUUUUGCUGAGAAUCUGGUUAAUGGAUUGGACAGGAGCUGGCAAAGGCCUCCUGGUUUGGCGGCAAAGCUUAUAAACUCCAAAGCUGCAAAUGGGUUGUAUUACAUUGAAUAUUCUCUGCAAAAUCCUGGUGAAAGCUGUAGGCAUAUAUUUUCUGCCAUUGGGAUGGCAUCUAAUGGUUGGUACAACAGAUUAUAUACUGUAACAGGACAGUUUGUGGAAGAGGAGUCAGAGAAAUACAGAUCAAAAAUUGAGAAGAGUGUUUCAUCCUUCAGGUUGGUCUGAUGAGAAAAGGCAAGGAGAGCUGAAAUUUCACCUGAUCACUCUCUCUUUCAACUCUUCAUCUCCUUUCUGUAUUCCACUUUCGUCUGCAUUUCUCCCAUCAGUUUUGUAAUUAAGACAUUCCCCUGAUUUGUCGGUUCAUUUUUACAUUUCCAACUUUUCAAUUUUA